AUGCAUGCCUGUGCAUACACCCACCCUUCUCUCGAGAGCACCAGUCCCAAAUCCACAGAACUAAGCAGCACCAGCCUAGAAGAGAAUACAAGGAUAGCAGCAAUACAGCUUCAGCCCACACGUGGCCUCACUUGUUGGCUAAAAUGGAGGAGUAAGCAGAAGGCCCCUUGGGUAACGCCACCGCCGUAUCCUCUCUCUGUCCCUUUCAGCAUUAGCUACGUCGCCUCUUACCUGCUUGCCGCCCUUGGGGGCAACUCCUCUCCCAGCACCAAAGACAUUAAGAAGAUACUAGACUGUGUGGGCAUUGAGGCGGACAAUGACCGGCUCAACAAGGUAAUCAGUGAGCUGAAUGGAAAAAACAUUGAGGAUGUCAUCGCCCAGGGUGUUAGCAAACUUGCUAGUGUGCCUGCUGGUGGGGCUGUGGCUGUUUCUGCUGCCCCUGGCUCUGCAGCUCCUGCUGCAAGUUCUGCCCCCGAUGCAGCAGAGAAGAAAGAGGAGAAGAAGGAAGAGUCCGAAGAGUCAGAUGAUAACAUGGGAUUUGGCUUGUUUGAUUAAAUUCCUGCUCCCCUGCAAAUAAAGCCUUUUCAUGUA